AUGUCGACUACACUCGCCAUCUCCCACUCCCUCUCCCAACUCAGCCUCGGAGCACCCCCGACCCCCGGAUCGGUAUCCUCCGCCUCAUCGUCCAAGUCGUUCAAUCAGGAGGAUGAAGGCAAGUUCGCUGCCGACCAACGCGCCCAUCUCGCUAACACGCUCUCCCGCCCGCCCGUGCAGAAAACCUCACCUAAGGAGAAGAGCGGGGACGAGGAAGAUCUCCGCCUUCUGGCCAUCUCGACACACAUCACGGAGCUUUCGUACAACAUAUCCGACAUUCAGACGCGUAUAUUCGAAAUACAGGAGCUCCGCCACAAAUCACAGUCUGCGGGGGACAGUGCCGGGACGACGACCAUCAUCGACCAGUCGCUCAUGAGUCUGGAUGAGCGGAUUGAAACGGUGUCCAAGGGCAUGAAGUCAAUCAGCGAUUCACUGGAGCCGCAUCUGCAGAACGCAUCCACGCCGACGGUUGCCCAGAGAAGCGGGGAUUCGAGCGAGCAAGCGGUGAUUCUGCGGAAACACGCUGCGUUGGUGGCGGAGUGGGAAGCGGUCCAGGACGAGAGCGAGGUGCUGAGGGAAGAAUUGAAGGAGGACAAGUGGUUGACCGUAUUCCGGACUGUGACUGACCAGGCGGAUGGGAUGAUGUCGAGUUUGGAAAAGGCGGUCAACAGGUGCCAGGAAUUUAUAUGGCAAGUGCACAAGCGCGUCGAAGAUCCUCUCACAUUCUCUACCUCUCCCGAUUCCCGGGAUAAGCUGCCCAGCUUCGAGACUUACACUUCACUUCUCGAAUCUUUUGAAGCGAAGAAAAAGCACUAUAUGCCGGCCACAUCGAAGGUUCUUUCUAUCAUCGACAAAGGUGUCCGAGACCGCGUCACCAAGAACGGUGAAACGUUGCGCAGGCAUGCAGAAUCUGCGCAACGGUGGAAAAAUCUCAAAGAACGGAUUACCAGAACAGAUGCUGAGAUGGAAGCUGCUUGUCGGCUGCUCGUUGGAGGAGAUACGCCCAGCGAGAGUGGCUCGGUGGCGUCUGGGAAUGCUUCCCACACUCGAAACGGAUACCUGAACACGCCUCCCAGUGGUUCCAAGCGAGGGGGCACUUCGAUCUCAGGCUCUAUUUCACCACUUCGGAAAUUCGCUCGCAAGAUUACUGGCGCAACACCACCGUUGACGAUCAAUAAGAACAGUCUAACGAGAACGAUAUCCCAGGAUGGACCAUUGGCAGGUUCCCAGAGCAACCGCAGGCAACAACGAGUGUCCAUUUUCAGCGGAUUCCGUACAGGAGCAACGCCGACACCAAUGACUCCCGAUCGACCUGGGCACAAGUACAGCACGAGUCUUACACCCGACUCUUCUCCGAAUGCGGUGAAAGAGGCUUCCAGGUCUCGGACAAGCAUUGCUCCCGGCCGACAGCCAUGGAACAGUUCGACCAAAGUGGAUGUGAGUAGCCAGGUCACAGUGAAGGCCACGCCUCAGAAACGCCCGCCGUCUGCCUCUGGUGCUUAUGGUGAUAUGUCCUCUUCGCUGAGUGGGGUGUUCAGGCGAAGUUUAUCGCGCACUUCAAUGGCAUCAUCCCGACCGUGGUCCCCGGUCACCUCGUCUGCAUCAACCACCCAUUCUUCCUCUCGACCUCAUCCCCCCAUCCCUAAUUACCGACCGCCUUCAAGAUCGCAAACACCCCAUCGGCCGACAACGCCGUCGCGAUCUUACACACCAGCCGUCCCAAUGACGCCCAGAGCGAGAGCGAAAACCCCAAGCCACAUACCUGCUCCGAGUCUCAAACUGCGGUCAGUUGUGCCUCCGGCAUCUGAUGACGGCUGGGAUGAUCCGCAGACAACCACUCCGAACGGUAGCACAAUCCACCCUCCUAGACCACCGAGUCGUUCGAUGAUUCCCAUUCCCACUCUCCAUUUGUCCUCGGUUUCGCGCCCGGGAACUUCCAUGUCGUAUAACGACGAUUCAUUUCGAACGGCCGCAGUCCGGGCCCAGACGCCUGAAUUCACCCUGCGUGCUCGGGUGCAGCAGAUUCCAGUGUUUCCCGGGACGCCGGCACGGACGCCUGGACGUCCUCCCAUGCCAGGAAGCGUGUCGAAAGUGCCUCCGUCAAGUUUCCGCGACGGUUCUGCGAGUCGGACUCCGUCUCGCACAGGGUCGAGAGCCGGGGCUUACACUCCCAGCAAUGACGGGCUGCCGUUGCACGAGUACAUACCUGGAAACCCGAACGAUCCGCUGGAUGCCGAGGUCUCUUUUGUGGCCAACUCGAUCGCGCAUGGAUUGCUGGUCGAGCGAGUGGAUCCGCCUCUCCGGAAGUUGCCGAGAGAGGGCGAGGAGGUCAAAGCGCAGUACGCAUUCUCGAACGCGCUGAGUCGCAAAGUGAUCACUUGCAAGCUCACCACUUUGACCCGCACCGGCAAAGCGUCGGAGGCGAUUGUGACCCGGAAAGUCAUGUGUCGAGUGGGCGGCGGGUGGCAGGAUCUGAGCCACUACAUCCUGAAUCGGCAAGCCGGGAUAGAUAGCGAAACAGACAUGUCCGACUCAGCCCACCACCCCUUCCCUGUGAUCACCCGCCGCAAAUCAGGAUCCUAUGGAUCCAUCCCUGCCCAGCUGUUCCCCUCCCCCAAGCCGCUCAAGACCCUGGGCAAGGCAAUCAAAGGCGCCGUGCGCAAAGUGAGCCACGCUCGCUUGCGGCGGACAUCCAGUUCGUCUUCCGAGUCGCAUGCCGAAACACGUGCCGUGAACCCUGUUGCUCCGGUCGUCCAUCUUCACCCCCUCCAAGUCCUCGACGAGUACGAACCACCCCUCGUCUUCACUCCUGGCAGCGCCAGAUCUUACGACUCUUACGACUCGCGUGCCUCCACUUCUUCGUCCCCCCCUUCGCUGGUGACUUCGGACGACUCUUCUGUGGAAGACAUGUCUCUCGAAGCGCAUGGAGAGCCCUCCGCGGGCCUCUAUGGGGAGGAUUCGGGCUCGUCUUCGCUGGCCAGCCCGCCCACCGCUUUCGUCGAGCCCGAAGUCCCCGAUCCGUUCCUCAUUGAUGAUGAUGAUGAGGAUGAAUCUGUGGAUGAAGGCGACGAGGGCGGACGGGUCGCGUUGACACCGACCGAGUCUCAGGCGACGAUAGCGAUCGCAUUGACGCAGGAGGCGUCAGUGCUUCCGCCGUCGGCCCCUGUGCCGCUCGCCUCUCCGAACCUAAAUAAAGCCAUGCCGCCACCGCCACCGCCAGAGUCAGACAGCGACGAGGAGGAUGCGCCGGAGAUCUAUCUGCCCGGGCUGUGCAUCCCUACGAUGUUCCUGCCUAUUCCCAACACCGAUCCUUUGACUACGCUACUCAACAAAUACAUCCAUCCGCCUGACAAACGACCUGUGCGAGAUCUCUCGGGAGAGUGGCAGCGCACCGAUUUCCAUAAGCUUGUCAUGGGCAACAGCUGGCGUGCGCUGGCUCGCAUGGCGCGGGACCGAAUCGUUACCUCGGAUCCAGAAGAUCUGACUUUGAUACUCGGAUUGUGGUACCUCCGACUAUCGUCUCUAGCGCGACUACGGCUGUUCAAUCAAACGACGGCGGAAUGCACAAACCUAUUCAAUUUGCUCAACAGCAUCGAGCCCGCGGCCUCGCGCACAUGGCUGUUUGAGCGGAUCCUGCCGUUUGAACUGGAGGUCCUCUAUGCGCGGCUGCGCUAUUGGGCGGGUGACCACAUGGGACACCUCGAUGCAUUGUGGGCGUUGGUCAAGACAUGCAAAGCCCGAGCGAGGAAAGCCAAGAUGCGCCAGGGCACGGAGGCUGCCAUGUGGAAGGAGCGGGGCGCGCGUGUGUGCUUGAUUAUCGCGUCGCAGCUGGUCGAGAUGAAGGACUUUUUGGCCGCUGCGCGCCUGCUAGAGCCGCUGUGCACUCAGCCAGAUGGGAUCACAUCUCCGGCUAUGCAUUCUGCCGUGGGGCGAAUCUAUCUCCAGGCAGGCCACCUCGGCCUUGCGGAUCGGCACUUCAAGCUUGCUGCCGAGUCUGAUCAAGUGUCCCCGUCGUCGAUGACCCGCAUGAACGAUGCGCUGUAUUCGGCUGCGGAAGGCGAUUGGGAACAUGCUAGCCAGCUGCUGCAGGCAGCGGUUGAUGAGCAGGGCGAGGACUACGUGGCGGUCAACAAUCUCUGUGUGACAUUGCUUGCGCAGGGCAAGCUCAAGGAGGGCAUUGCCGUCAUGGAGGGUGCGCUGAAUGCAUCGCCUUCGAGUGUCGUCAUUGCCGAGCCGUUUCUAUUCAAUCUCUCGACGCUUUACGAGUUGCGCUCGGCCACAGCCAUUGAAAACAAGCGGAAUCUGCUCAUUCAAGUUGCCAGGUUCUCUGGAGAUGGAUUGAAGACAGCAUGUCUCAAGAUGCCGUCGACGUGAUUAGUUUUCGAUGUUCAAUAAACGUAGGGAAUGAACUUCCAUCGGACAACCUCGCAGUAACGGUCCCAGUCCUUGCCGUACUUGAGUGCACAUCUGGCCAAUACAUUAGACAUCGAAAAACGCGUUUUGGACGCGCAACAUACCUUUCGAAGUCGCGGGUGGUGCGAUGGAUGAGAACUGUAAUGAAGAACACCGAGUAAAAGUAGGGAAUGGGCGUGGCGGUGCCGAUGAUAGCGCCCCAGCAGAAGCUCAUGAUCCAGUCCGCGACGUAGUUCUGAGACGUGUUCAGAACGUGACUUGUGUAGUACAGAACCAACAAACCGGUUUGCGUGACCAGGCCCAGCAGCCGCUAGUGAGGAGGCGGUUGCUUGAAUACAGGGAUCAACAACUGCUCGACAGAACGACAGGACAUUUCACUGACCCAUGCUUGGUCUGAAUGAACGUCGGGUUUUGGACGAUGCAACCAGGAAUCUGGGGGAAUGUCUUGCGGAAGUUGGUGAGUCCCUGUGUUUGCAUCUUGAAGCGACUCUUCUGUGACAUGGCACAGUCCCAGCUAGUGCCCCCGCUUCAGCUAGUCCUACCAGCAGAAGCCAGAGCACGACUCACACGCAGUAGGCCGCAACGAGGACAGUGAACAUGAAGAUAUACCGCAGCGUCGAGAAUUGGUACUUGGACGGGUCCGUGCGCGACAUGUACACAAUCGAGUAGACGUAAGACUGUUCGGUCGUCGUGAGCCGUGAUGGCACGCUCGACGGCGCAAAUAGACACGUACGAAAGGAACACCAGCCAGGUUCCAGAAGAUGACCAUGAAGCCCCAUCUGCCACCGCAGUCAGAUCUAAUGAUUGAUGCGACCGGAACCGAACGCUUACUUCUCGUGAAACAUGUCCCAGGUCUGAGGAAUGCAUUCCUCCCCCUUGGCGCUAGAAAAACGCGUCAAAUUCACCCGGUUUGCGCGUGCGAUAAACAUCCGCACCAGGCGUUCAGAUACAGCCACGUCGCGAGGACCAUGAACGCCAUGUUCUGCGGCGCAAACGCCGUCAGCAUGGGCAAACGCAAAAUGCGCAGAGAUGACACGCACGGGAGUGACGGUUCCGUACUGCUCAUACUGCUUGCAUGCACCCGAGACGGACAUGAAGAAUACGAUAUUCCACGGAAUGCGUACUUCCGCCCACAUCUUCAGGUCGAUGGGGCCGAGGCGAGGGUUGAGCAUAGCGCCCAUGAACACGUCGUAGAUGAAGCUCCCUGACAUGCGGAUCUGCUGCCCCGUCGCAAUAGUGAAGAAGUACAUCCCGAACGAGACUGCGAAGCCCCAGCACAUCGCAACCGACAUGAGGGGGCCGAAGUUGUCGAUGAUCUCGUUGAGGCGGAAGAUGUGGAAGUAGUGCAGGACCGCUGCGGUGAUCAUCGUCGCGUACAUGGAGAACAGCGCGUUGCAGUUGUACAUGAGCGACUCGUAGCCGAGCGAGGGAACGGGCAGGCCCUUCUGUUGGACUCCGGGCAUGACCCACGCAAGAAAGAGCUGGAAGAAGAUGUUCGUGCUGUAGACUUUCCAUGCCCACGCGGUCGGGAAUGCGUCCUUUCAAAGCGGCUGAGCGCUCAUCGCAGUCUCGUUGCCGAUCCCCGUACCUGGUAGAAAUGAUCCCACAUCCUCCCCAAGAACGGUUUCACGUCAUCCAAGGACGAUGGGUGGGCGAGCUGCCCAUCGUAGAACCACAGACAGAUCCAGAGAUAGUACAUGAGGAGGGGGAAUCCAGUCAUGAUAGCAGUGACGCCCCACGGUCCACCGAACUCAUAGCCGAUGUGCUGGUCGAGGCGUCGGUCGAUCGCUUUCCCUGCGUCGCUGACGACAAUGACGUCCGCCUUCUCCUUGGCCGCGCCAGACGGCUUUUUAGAUUGGGGAGUUGCGCCCAUGAGUGGUGACGGCUUACAAGCUGACUUCGAUGUUCAGGGACCCAGGUCGAACCACUUUUAAAUUCGUGGCGUGUUCGGAUCAGUCCGAACCUGAUCGCAACCGAGGGGAAAGCUUACUAUCCUUGUACUGAAAGGUUUGCGACCUAUCUUAUGGCGAAGGGCCGUAAGGAAAGAACUAAGAAAGCGUGGGGCUUAAAAAUUUGCAUUUAGGCUAGAGAAUGAAUGCAGGGUAGUCGUAAAAGGAGGGGCCACGAACAGAGGUACACUUCAAACACGACGCGGUCACGUGCUAAUAUGAUCAGUCUCCAUCAAGUAGUUAUCAAUUUGCAUGACAUCUUCGUCCACGGACAUCUCCUCCAGUUCCUUUUCCUGCACGUGCUUCUGCAACACCUCGAUAGCCUCUUUCGUGGCGAACAAGACCAUCUUUUCCCGUGAGGGCUUGUAGUUCGUGGGGUCGACAGAAUUCUUGUAUCCGCCGUACAGGCCCUCGAGCGAGAGGAGAUGUUCGACGGUUCCCAUUGAUUCAGGACUGCCCGGAACCACAUUUUGGAGAUGUUCCUUCAGCAGCGGAUGGUUGAGUAGGCCGGGGUAGUAGCGUCCAGCGAUUAGACUCAAUGACAAGACUGCCUCGAAUCCUGGCGAGAGGAUCUCGCGGAACCGGAAGCCUGUUGGAGCGAGGGGAAGCGGAUACGUGCCCUUGCCAGCGGCAACAGGAGGAGAUGCAGGGGGGGCUGCGAAAGGCAGGUUGCGUGGCAGAUUCGGAUCCUCCCAGUCAUCGUCAGCCAGCUCGUACAUCAUGCCUGUCACCCGACACUCUUUCUUCGGGCCGCUGCCCUCCACGAUCGAAAUGGCGCUGAUCUUCAGGAACACGGCUCGGGACGAAGCGCUGUAGUCAUCGAUGCUGCCCUGAUUCGCCUGGACCUUCGCCAGCGACUUGGGCCCAGGGCCGGCGGGUGCAAACACGUGAUGGGCGCCCGCUGGCGCUACGCAGCUUCGGGGCAGCUUCAACCGGACUACGUCGUCGCACCAGAUCUUCUCCCCGCCCCACCACAGGCCCUGGAAUCUCGACUGCGUGAUGACUUUCGAGGGAAGAGGCUGGGCCGGUGGAAGCCGAGACGGGCCGGCUGACGCCGACGCAUUGCUCAUGCCUGCUAUCUCGAUGGCCGACGUCAGCGAUGAGUGCUGUGCAGGUGCGGAUGUCGGCGGCGGAGGCGCGGUUGCAGUAGGUAUGACGGUCAUCGAGGCCUCCCAGGCGUCGUUCAAACACCAAAGUUCGCAUAGUGAAGAAGCAAUCUGCAGCGCUGCAGCAAAUGGAGUCAAUGCUUCAGCGAAAGUUGGCGGUUGAGCAGGCGGUUCGGGCAAAACGCUAAAUCGUUCGAUGUGAUCCGGGUCAAGAUUCCAUUCCUUCGCAGGUCUCGAAACCAUCUGCUCCAGAACCGCAGUAGGCACCACAUGGGCCUGAUACGGUAGUAGUCGAGUACUCGAGACCGUCUUCCACGUUCGCGCUGCUGCCAACAGACGAAUUCUAUGCAAAACAUGUUGGUGAUUGGUCCACGUCGGUUCUUCGUCAGUGCCCGUCGGUUCCUGUCUCUGCGCUCUGCUCGAUAACAUUGUUUCAUCUAUGAUCGCAGGCCAGAAUUGGAUCUGCUCGCCAGUCGACGCUCGGAAAGGUUCGUCGAAUUCGAACCAAACAAGUUCACCAUCGCGGAACCAGCGAGGCAAGGCACCAGGGAACGGAGCUCGGCAAGCAAAGCGAAGAUCGUUAUUGCGUUCGACGUUCAUGACCUCUGAUGGAGCGCUUGCGACCGACUUUGCAGAUGCUGGCGUCUUUUGAACUGCGGCAUAUGUCUUGGGUAUUUGCCGUGUUCGCUCAUUCAGACCACGAGCCGAUUUCGACUUUUCUGUCUUCGGACGACGGGGUGCAGAAGGUGAUGCGUUCUGGGAGGGAGAAGGAGAACUGGUACGGAAAGCGCGCGAUACUUCAGUCUGAGGUCGUUUGCUACAAUACUUGCAUUUGCAAUUGUCGCUCCCAUCCCCCAUCAACCAGAUCCCAUGCGGUAUGAAUUCGGGGAUGGACCGGAAUUUGGGGCACAACUUGGAGCCUGCACGGUAGACAAAGUCAGUCGAGUACAGCCGGCGCGAAUAGGCAGCCCACAUGCCGAUGAGGUACAAAUCGUGUCGAGGAGCAGAUUGUAUUCCCUUCUGGUGAUCAAACAUCCGGUAUCCACUCGGCCAAUCUCUCAGCACAAAGGGCCUGCCCUCUGGCCCUAGUCAGAUCGCCAUAAGCAAUCAUCGCAGCGAAAGGCGUACGAGGAUCCUUCAUUCCGCACUGAUUGGACACCGCGUCUCCGAUGGUUGUUCUCCAUUUGAUGGCUGCAGAUUCAUCUAUCGCGACCGGCCUCAUGAAGUUGACAUGCCCCUGCUCGUCGGGUAUUGGAACAUUGUUGGUCGGCCACAGAGACGAGUCUCCAUCCGAACGAGUGAUGUCAAAAUUAACAGCGUUGCUGGGAAGGCUAUGUUUGUUUGAGAUGUUUCGGUGCGUCGACAUGCACUCGGGUUCAAGGGUGUGGAAGUUGCUGUGCGGAAAUCAAAGGACGGUAUCGUGCUCUGCAGAGAUGCGAGAGUCGAGAUCACACAGAUGUCCUUUUCGGCUGAUGCCAUCACAAUUACAGCUUGAUUUUGGCCUCUGAACUGGAUGGAUAUUCAUGAGCGGUGGACUGGGCGCUUACACUCCCAGCCCUCGAUGCAACCAACUUCAGCUAUGGAGACCAGACAUUGAUCUUGAUUCACAUUCAAGAUCGGCAAUCUUCGAUUUGCGGGGAUUUUCGAAUCAAUGUUAUUCGAAAUGCGGCUCAAGCGAAGGUCGUAGCAUCUAACAAGUAGAUCAAGUUCAACAAUGUGUCUAUAUCCGGAGAACAUUGACCAUUCCGGCAUGCCAAGUUGACCAACAGCGGCCGGCAUCCAAUCAAUCUGGCUUCUCUGCUCUCACCGUGUGUUGUCAUCCGUUACUGCGCCUCAAGGAGGCCUUCAGAUCCUCUUCCGACGCUUUCGCUCUCAACCACGAUGUUUUAUUCUGUCGCUGUCGCCGCCCUCGUCCUGCUGCUGCCACAAGCGUCGUGUGCGGGACCAGCCGUCCACAUCCCGCUCCGGCGAAUGUCAGAUCGCGUCCGGAAUGUAACAGAUCACUUCGCUGCUGGCGCCCGGGCUCGCGCACGAUAUGGUUACUCGUCGAAAUUGAAUGAAAGAGCGACAUCAAGCUUUCCCUUGACUGAUCAGCACGCGGAUGCAAGUUACGUCGGAACGGUUUCCGUUGGAACCCCAUCACAAAACUUUGAGGUCAUCCUCGAUACCGGCUCGUCUGAUUUCUGGGUGGUGGACUCGGCUUGCCUUGGUUGCAGCAGUGGAAUCUCUUUUGAUUUCUCGUCGUCCUCUACAUUCCAUCAGGCAGCCAGUGCACCCGUCCAGGUCAACUACGGCUCCGGCAGUGUUGCCGGAAUCGUCGCUACAGACACAGUGACUAUGGGGCCCUUCACUGUAUCCUCUCAAGGCUUUCUGCUUGCUGAGCAGCUGACAAGUGGCCUGCUCACUGGCAACGUCUCCGGCUUAAUGGGUCUGGCGUUCCAGGCCCUGGCAAACACCGGCGCAGUGCCCUUUUGGCAGGCCUUGUCUGCCAAUAACCAGCUUUCGUCGCAGGAAAUGGCUUUCCAUCUCACCCGUUCUUCCAGCUCGUCUGAUCAGCCGGGCGGGACGUUCACGCUGGGAGGCACGGACACUUCUCUCUACACAGGGAACAUCGAAUUCCAAAAUCUAGUGGGGUCUCAGACGCCCACGUUUUGGCUGCUUCAGGUGUCCUCCCUGACGAUUCAAGGCAAAUCUGUUGCAAUAUCUGAUGGAUCUGCUGUUGCAGCCAUUGACACCGGGACAUCGCUCAUCGGAGGCCCUAGCGACACGGUCAGAGCCAUCUGGGCUGCAGUUCCCGGAUCCAGUCCUGUUCCAGCAUCUGUCGGACAAGGCUACUAUCAGUUUCCGUGUUCGACUACCGUUAGCGUCACGAUCUCGUUUGGUGGACAGGCUUGGACCAUCAACCCACAAGACAUGAAUAUCGGCCAGUUAGUCACCGGCAGCUCUCUUUGUGUGGGCGCCAUCUUCGAUCUGACAUCGGGGGCGGCAACAUCGCCCGGCAGCCCUGGCUGGGUCAUCGGCGAUACGUUCCUUAAAAAUGUGUACACCGUUUUCAAACAAAACCCCCCGUCUGUCGGAUUUGCCCAUCUUGCUUCUGAUGGGAGCUCGGGAGGCAAUUCUGUCUCUGCAUCCACCUCCAGCAGCCUCACAUCCAGCACCAGCCAGUCAAGUCCUCCUACAUCUCAGUCGCAUACCGGCACAUCGGUCUCGACUGUUGCCUCCAUUCCAACCAGUCCCGCUCUCUCGAGCCAGACUUCGGCGACACUGCCAGGUUUGCCCACCUCCACACCCACCCGCAGCCUUCCUCUUUCGGUGUCCCCAUCCACUACCACAACCGUUUUCGUUCCCGCGUCAUCAUCUACCGCGACUGCGCCAUCAAACCGGGCUUCCAAGUCUGUGGUCGUACCAGGUGUGACUCUGAUGUUGCUGCCGUUGGUCA